AUGAGGUAGUAUUUACCUCUCAUUUUUUUAGAUCAUCAUUUGUUUAUUCUUCCACUCUCUUGUUGGUUGACUUACGUUUUACCGCCUUUUCCUUAUUAUUUCCUUUAUAUUAAAGAGUGCAAAGUUAUGUGCAAUUGUUAAUCGCAGCUGAUAUAUUUUAUUGGAUUUUGGAAUUAUCUGUUAAUUUAUAAAAUGGCUCUAUUAAUGUCAACCAAAGAAAAUUUAUCUCCGAAGAAACGUUGCGUUUCUCCGAGGAUUACCCAAGAGAAUGGAAAAAAAUCAGAUAUUGACGCAACAAAGGCUGUAAAGAAUCUUAAUCUAAAAGACAGUUCUUUUAAUAUUGAAUUGGAACCACUAUUGAAAGAAAAUCCUCGUAGAUUUGUUGUAUUUCCUAUUCAAUGGCCAGAUAUUUGGCAGAUGUAUAAAAAAGCUGAGGCUUCUUUUUGGACUGUUGAAGAAGUUGAUUUAUCCAAGGAUUUGGCAGAUUGGAAAAAAUUAACGGAUGACGAACGGAAAUUUAUUUCCCAUAUUUUAGCUUUCUUUGCUGCUUCUGACGGUAUAGUUAAUGAAAAUCUUGUGGAACGUUUUAGCCAAGAAGUUCAAGUAACAGAGGCCCGUUGUUUUUAUGGAUUCCAAGUAGCCAUGGAAAAUGUUCACUCGGAAAUGUAUUCUCUACUAAUAGACACAUAUAUUAGUGACAUUAAACAAAGAGAUUUUCUUUUCAAUGCUAUUGAAACUUUACCAUGCGUUGCAAAAAAAGCACAAUGGGCUUUAAAUUGGAUAAGUCAUGAAUCUGCUACAUUUGCUGAACGCGUAAUUGCAUUUGCGGCAGUAGAAGGAAUAUUUUUCAGCGGUAGUUUUGCAUCAAUUUUCUGGUUAAAAAAGAGAGGAUUAAUGCCUGGGCUUACAUUUAGUAACGAACUUAUUUCUAGGGAUGAGGGAUUACAUUGUGAUUUUGCAUGUUUAAUGUUUAAACAUAUUAUUCAAAAACCCAGUAAAGAACGAGUGAUUUCAAUAAUAAAAGACGCAGUGUCUAUAGAACAAGAAUUUUUGACUGAUGCUUUACCAGUGGAAAUGAUCGGCAUGAAUUGCAAAUUAAUGUGCCAGUACAUAGAAUUUGUUGCCGAUAGACUGCUUCUCGAAUUGGGAUGUCCUAAAGUUUACGGUUCUGAAAAUCCAUUUGAUUUCAUGGAGCAUAUUUCUCUUGAAGGAAAAACGAAUUUCUUUGAGAAGAAAGUUGGCGAAUAUCAAAAAUGGGGUGUUAUGCAAGAAAAGAGUAAUUUCACUCUAACAGCUGACUUUUAAAGUGCAAUUUUAUAAAUGGACAUUGAUAUAUAUUUUUUUAAAAAAAUCUUUUGAAUGUCCGAGAAAUAGUUUAAUUUAUGUUUAUUUGUCUACAGAAAAUGUAACAUUUCGACGUUAAAGUCUAAAGCAUCUUUUUUUUUUAAUACACUGAAAGCUCGAUCGAGGGGACAAAACUUUUAUGCUCGGUAAUCUUUCUUUUAAAUAAAAUUUUUGUCAUUUUUUUCUAAUACUAUUUAUUUAUAUUACAUAAUCUAUUUUUUCUUUAGACACCUUUCGCCUAUAAAAACCAAUUUGUAAACAAAUGCACUUUGAUCGAACUUCCAGUGUAUAUGGUUUUUUUUUUGCUGCGACUGUAAUUUCUUAGUGACAUUUAAAAGAAUUAUGCGAACUAUUAGUAUUAUUUUGACGCCGACUUUUAUGUCUUAAGUUGUAACAUUAUGUUUAUAAGAUAAGUUCACAUAAUAUAAAUUUGUAAUCCAUGAAAUAAUUUAGAACCUUGUUAUAUUAAAACAUAUUUUAUAAAUUAAAUAAGAAAAA